CUGGCCCGCCCGCCCGUGCGGACUCUGCCGUUGAUGACACCUGGCCGACGGCUGCCAUGGAGGGGGACGGUUCCGAGGCGCUGGUCACCAUCAGGAAUAUCGAGAGGGAGCUCGUUUGCCCGGCGUGCAAGGAGCUGUUCACCCACCCGCUGAUCCUGCCUUGCCAGCACAGCGUUUGUCACAAGUGUGUGAAGGAGCUGCUCCUGUCGCUGGAUGACGGGCUCAACGAUGUGGGCUCCGACACCUCCAACCAGAGCAGCCCCCGGCUCCGGCUGGGCUCCCCCAGCAUGGACAAGAUCGACCGAAUCAGCAGGCCAGGCUGGAAGCGCAAUUCCUUGACCCCUAGGACGACUUCUUUUCCUUGCCCUGGCUGUGAGCACGACGUGGAUCUCGGAGAACGAGGGAUCAGCGGUCUGUUUCGCAAUUUCACGUUGGAAACCAUCGUCGAGAGAUACCGGCAGGCGGCGCGGGCGGCCACGGCCAUCAUGUGUGACCUCUGCAAGCCCCCCCCGCAGGAGUCCACCAAGAGCUGCAUGGACUGCAGUGCCAGUUACUGCAACGAGUGCUUCAAGAUCUACCACCCCUGGGGCACCGUGAAGGCUCAGCACGAGUACGUGGGCCCCACCACAAACUUCAGACCCAAGAUUUUGAUGUGCCCGGAACAUGAAACGGAGAGAAUCAACAUGUACUGUGAGCUGUGCCGGCGGCCUGUGUGCCACCUCUGCAAGUUGGGUGGCAGCCACGCCAACCACCGCGUCACCACCAUGAGCAGUGCCUACAAGACCCUCAAGGAAAAGCUGUCCAAGGACAUCGACUAUCUCAUUGGUAAGGAGAGCCAGGUGAAGAGUCAGAUUUCUGAGCUGAACUUGCUGAUGAAGGAAACAGAGUGCAAUGGAGAGCGGGCUAAAGAGGAAGCGGUCACACACUUCGAGAAGCUCUUUGAGGUUCUAGAAGAGAGGAAGUCGUCUGUCCUGAAGGCCAUCGACACUUCCAAGAAGCUGCGGUUGGACAAGUUUCAGAGCCAAGUGGAGGAGUACCAGGGCCUCCUGGAGAACAGCGGGCUGGUGGGCUACGCCCAGGAGGUGCUCAAGGAGACCGACCAGUCCUGCUUCGUGCAGACGGCCAAGCAGCUGCACCUCAGGAUACAGAAAGCUACCGAGUCUUUGAAGAGCUUCCGGCCUGCGGCUCAGACCUCUUUUGAAGACUAUGUUGUUAACACAUCGAAGCAAACAGAGCUGCUCGGAGAGCUGUCCUUUUUCUCCAGCGGCCUGGACGUGCCGGAGCUCAGCGAGGAGCAGAGCAGGGUUUACAACAGUGCCCUGAUCACCUGGCACCACCCGGAGAAGGGCAAGGCUGAUAGCUACGUCCUGGAGUAUCGGAAGCUGGACCGGGAGGAGGAGAUGGUGCCCUGGAGCGAGCUGCAGGUGUGCGGCACCAGCAAAGUGGUGACGGACCUGGAGGACAACUGCAGCUAUGCCUUCCGCGUGCGCGCCUACCGCGGCUCCAUCUGCAGCCCUAGCAGCAGGGAGCUGGUUCUGCACACGCCGCCGGCCCCAGUCUUCAGUUUCCUCUUUGAUGAGAAAUGCGGCUACAACAACGAACACCUCUUGCUGAACCUGAAGAGAGACCGGGUGGAGAGCAGAGCCGGGUUUAACAUCCUGCUCGCUGCCGAGCGAAUCCAAGUGGGCUGCUACACAACCUUGGACUACAUCAUCGGCGACGUCGGCAUCACCAAAGGGAAGCACUUCUGGGCCUUGCGCGUGGAGCCCUAUUCCUACCUGGUGAAAGUGGGCGUGGCUUCCAGUGAUAAGCUGCAGGAGUGGCUCCGCUCUCCUCGGGACACGGCCAGUCCAAGAUAUGAGCAAGACAGCGGCCACGACAGCGGGAGUGAAGAUGCGAGCUUUGACUCUUCACAGCCUUUUACGUUGGUUACCAUCGGCAUGAAGAAAGUUUUUAUACCCAAGUCACCCACUUCGUCUAAUGAACCUGAGAACAGAGUCCUUCCCAUGCCCAUGAGCAUAGGGGUCUGCCUGGACUGUGAUAAGGGCCAGGUGAGCUUCUACGACAUGGACCGCAUGAGAUGCCUGUACGAGCGCCCGGUGGACUGCUCGCAUACCAUGUACCCAGCGUUUGCUCUCAUGGGCAGUGGCGGCAUUCAGCUGGAAGAGCCCAUCACAGCGAAAUAUCUGGACUGCACAGAGGCCGUGUAGUCUGCACGCCUGCUGUGACCGGGGACGAGAACUGUGAGCAAAGCCGUGUCUCGCGGUAGCCUUCGUGACCAAUUACAGAUCAUCUAAAUAUUCUGUCGCCACGCUCGUGUGCUGUGUACAAUUCUUUUCAAAACUCGGAAAACCUGGGCAGCCUCGCCUCUCGUGUGCCGCAUCCUGCCUUUCCCGAGUGAUGGGAACGGGGGGGUCUGUGUGGUCGACUCCGAGGCCGUUCGCGCUGUCUCACCUUUGUCUCUGUAUGCACAGGAAGUCGCUCUCACUGGUGUCAGCUGUUCCUUGCUGGCGGGAGGGGUACGAAAGUAUUUAUUAUGCUGCUUCUGUGUUUGAUUUUUCGUUUUUAUAUCAUGUGUGUGUCCUAAGAGAAGAUAUUUUGAAGAUGCCUUACGGUUAGAAAUUAGAACUAAGCAGUGUGUCUUGCAUUUGUUUUUAAUAGGAAAACAAAGUUAUAGAUAGGUGAGAAAGGCCAUUAAAAAGGUAGUGUAUUUAAGUGCAGAUUAUGUAUUUUAAAGUGUAUAAGUAACUUAAUAUUAAGAGUAUAUUGCCUGGAAAAUGAAUACUGCUGUUUUUUCAGACCACAGACUGUAUUGUUCUGGAUAAUUCAGGAGCUCUGUAGGUUGAAUGUCCCUAAGUCGGCUCCGAGAGGAAACACUUCCCUGUGGCAAACACCAGGUUCUCGCUAGCGUCUUCCCACUCCAUGUUCUGUUUCAGGAAAAGUUAUCUUCGAUCUUUCUCAUCCCGUGAAGAUAUUUGUAUUUACAUCAGAGGACUGUUGGCGGAAAUGCAGGGGAGGGGGCCGCUUCCUCUGCCCUCUGGAUUUCAUUCUUGCUGGCAUACGUACGCACGUUACAAAUGCGGCUUUCCUGGCUUACAUUUCCGCGUGGGGAAAGCUGAUAGUUUUGAUUUGCAUUAAGUGCGUCAUGCAACGGGGAGGGACUCGCUGUUGAGGUACCUGGGCCGUCCUGUGCAGCCCUGCUUGGCGAUAAACAUUGGUACUAGAAGCACGUGAAGAUCCAAGUUUAAUUGUUUACAAAUAGCGAGUCCCGUUGGGUGCGUGUCCUUUUCAAGUUGACGUUUGCUGUGAUUUGAAGACUUUUACUCAGACCGUGUAUUCGUUUUUGAGAGGCUGAUUAUUUGGUUUUGUUUUUAUGUAGGCUGCUGGCUCUAAUCUGGCUUCUCCUCCAGCCUGGAGAGAGAGCGUCCAGAGAAUUUCCCUGUUGCUGAUCGUCGUUAUUUCCCCAGCGCCGAGUAGCACUUUAUGUCAUAGGCUCACCUGGGCACAGGCGUGGCCCCGGCGCCCUCACUGGCCAAGUGGUCCUCACUGGCCAAGUCGUCAGUGUUAACCACAAAGCUUUAACGGGAGCGGGAACACCGUUUCGUUUGUAUAGUUGUCAAUUAGUUGUUCACAUGAAUUUCUUUCAUUUCUAAUAAAGAUUCAAAGGAAGUCAUGUAAUUAAUCCAGUUUGCAUUCUAGGAAUUACUUACGAAAUGAGGGCUAAAUCUCAGAUUAACUUGGAGCUGAAGCUUUUAUCUGUUAGCUUCAGUUCUUGAACAGCUUAGCUAGCUUAUCUUUAAUUGUUUA